AUGGGAAGAGGCCCUGAAACUCCAGCUUGGAAGCGUCAUUGCGCCAUUGCAUACGCUUUUGAUCUGUCAAUGCCUCAAGUCGAAAUCGCGAGACGAUUAAACCUGACAAGAUCGACUGUGCAUAAUCUCGUCCGAGCCGCAAGAGCUCGCAGUCCAACUUCAGAUCUGGCGGAUUUACAAGCGGCGGUCAGUGUUCAGCCACGUAGUGGCAGACCAAGGAGGGCUGAUCCUGGCGAUGAGGUAUCUCUCACUGUCCGAAGAGGUGUUCGAGAACACCCAUACCAGGCGAUGGACAACGCAGCCAACCGUUUUCUCAGGGAACGCCAGGUACUCGGCGAGAUCGACCAGAACAUUCGACCACUGGGAGUUCAGCAGGUGUAUAACAUCUUGCAAGACUCUGAGCAGUGUGCUGCUGACCCAGAGGACCAAAGGGUAUACACGCGGCACCGUGUGUACAGACGCAACGAGCUCAGCGCUGCCAACAUUGCAAAACGUCAGGCAUAUCUCUUUGAGGUCGAACAGCUGGAGCAGGCAGAGGCAAUUAUCAUAUGUUGUGACGAGAAGGCCUAUCACUUUGGCGGCACGCCCGACCGGCAUGUGACUUUACCAAUAAACACGAGCUCGUACCAAAGUUGUGCACCGACACGUUUCAAACUCGAACAAUGGGCUGCUGCUUGUGGUGACGACUGUUCUGUGAAGAGACCCUGGACUGUCUGGGAGCUUCGGGACCAAACUUCCGAGGAGCUGCAGAAGCAGCUGGAUGAGUGUAAUGCGCAAGCGAGGAGAAUCACCGAUGAACAGCGUGCCAAUGCCAGAGUCCAUGGCACGCCCGAACACCAGUACCUUGUUUGGAUGAACACACAGGUCAAGAUUAAACGUCUAUGGAUGCGUGCCAACGCCAACGACAGCGGCGGCCCCAAGGAAUGGACUGUCGAACGUCUCUUUCCUUACCAGAGCCAUGAUAUAAAGGAAGGGACCAAGAAGCUCAAUUUUGUGUGGUAUGCCUUCGAAGUGUACAGGAAGCUCUUGUUUCCUUAUUAUCGCGAGAUAUGUAGACGCAACCCAGGCAGGAGAGUGGUGAUACAAGAGGAUAAUCAUGGACCGCAUCUGAAAGCCAGACAGCUAUUGCAGCCCGAGAUUCAACAGCAAGGUAUCGUGUUUGUAAACCAUCCCGGUAAUUCGCCAGAUUUGGCACCAAUAGAGGGUCUUCAGGGUGAACAUGAAAGGAAGCUUGCAGGUUUCAUCUAUGAGGUUAGGGACGCACAAGCCUCUACUGUGCGAAGGGCAAAAGACCUCUUGAGAAUCACCUGGCAAAGCAAGGAUUUUGAUGAGACAGUGAGAGGCAAGGUUUGCAGAGCGGUUUAUGUAGAAUUGGCCAAGAGGUGUAAGAUGGCAGGAGGCGGCAACCAUUUCAGGGACGACGUCUACAUCCAUGUGGACGCGUAG